AUAUAUUUUUGAUAUAGUUUCGGUUUGUUCUAAUUGCGAAUAAUGUUUUAAUUAAUUUAUUUUAAAAGAAAUAUGGUUUCAACACGUGGUCCCAAGUCUCGUUAUUUCGAGAAGGGAGAGAAAGUAUUGUGUUAUGAACCAGAUCCUUCGAAAGCAAAAGUUUUAUAUGAUUCCAAGAUAUUGGGAUCUUAUGAGAGCAAGGAUAGAAGAGGUCGAAAACUUAUACAAUACAAGAUACAUUUUCAAGGCUGGAGCAGCUCUUGGGAUCGCAAAGUAAAUGCAGAUUUUGUGCUUAAAGACACUGAAGAAAAUAGGCAAUUGCAGCGUGACUUAGCCGAAAAAGCCCAGUUACAAUUGGGAGCGUAUUUGUAUCGUAAGGAACAUACUAAGAACAAAAAACGCUCACGUAAAUCGGCUGCCAUUAAUUCAGAGGAUUCAGCCGAUGCCAGUACUUCGCCGAACAAAUUGAGGCCACGCGGCUUGUCGGAGGAUAAUAUUAGUAGUUCAGGCAGUACAUUUGAAAAAAAUGAAAACUGUUCCAUGAAAGAUGAUUGCGAAACCGAUUCGUGUUGCAGUUCGGUGGAAAGUUUUCAUGAUGAAGAUCGUGUUAUGUUACGUAUUAGUGAGCGUUUACGUCAAUAUUUGGAAUAUGAUCAUGAUAUGAUUGUUAAAUAUGGUAAACAGCAUGCCUUACCCUCGCGCAUUCCGAUUGUUGCUAUUUUGGAGAAUUUUGUUAAACAGACCGCUUUAAAGAUGGUCUUCACGAAUAAUCAAACCGAAGGUGGUACUACUAGACGGCGUACAGCUCAACAACGUACGGCUGAGAAAAAGGAAAAGGAUGUUGAUAAAAUUAUAAAUACAAUUAGUUUACUUAAAGAGGUGGCAGAUGGCAUCAGAAUUUAUUUUGAUUUCACCAUAACCGAUUAUCUACUCUACAAAGAAGAGGAGGACUAUGCAUUGUCAUAUCUGUCUGAGGAAAAUUUAAAAACAUUCACAUAUGUAGCCACGCCAGCAUUUAGUAUGGAGUGGUUUAAUACUAAAACGGAUACAACGGAAACAACUACUACUGCAGCUACAGCCACAACCGCACCAGAAAUUGUAAUUGAAACUGCAAAUGCAACGACUGCAACGUCUGGUGUUACCCUAAACACUUUGUGCGAAAACACAAACAUUAAUUUAGCCACAACAGCGAAUAAUGCUAAUGUUCAAUCAAUCACAACACAAGAAGAUCAACCACAACGUAGAAAAUUACGUUCACAUCGCAGUGAUGAUUGUGAUCUUACUUUGGAGAAUUGUUUAUCGAGUAUUGCCAGCACCAGUUCGGGGGCCUCAACACCAUUGCACUCCAAUAUACCAGUGUCACAUUUGAAUUAUCUGAAAUCUUUGCCACCCAUCUCUCCACAAAUUCGUGAUUUCCUACAAAAUGUUUUAUCGUGGCGUUUGUUGCCAACAAAUGCGGUGCCAGCACCGGCCAUGAUAUUUGGUGCUCCCCAUUUAGCCCGGCUAUUAGUUAAAUUACCAGAAUUUUUAAAUGCUUCUUCAAUGACUGAUGAAAAGUUAAAAGUGCUUCUGCAACAUUUGGACACAUUUACCAACUACUUGGAAUCACACAAGGAAUGGUUUAACGAAGACAACUAUGUACGAGGUAAUAUUAAUAGAAAAACUACUACCACUAUAUCCACAGAUUCUACGAAAUCAGAAGAGACAGAGUCAUCAGCCAAUACUAUAACAGCAGCACAUGAACCUUCAUCUGAGGAGCAACAACAGGAGAGUAAGGAUGUUAGCUCAACCUCAAUAGUAACUACAACAACCAUGGCAACGCCGUUAGAAAGUGUAGCUUCAUAGCACUACAUUUUAGAUGGACUAAGGAAAAAAAAAUAAAUAAAUCUCUGUAUUUUAUAUUUAAUAUUAUAUUUAAUGAGCAUGUACAUAUUUUUACUUAAAUAGUUUUUAAUUACAUAUUUACAAAUACAAAUAAAUUGUUGCUUAAAUGAUAAACAUAAAAUAA